AUGUAUCAACUGAGAAGGACUGAUCAUCUUCCCGCAACUUCAGGUCCUCAGGUGAGUGCGGUCACGGUCACAUAUCAUAAUGUACAGCUGUGGAGCCCCCAGUAUCCACAGCUGCCGAGACCCCAGUGUCCCCAGCUGUCGAGCCCAGUGUCCACAGCUACCGAGCCCCCAGUGUCCAUAGCUGCCGAACCUCAAGUGUCCAUAGCUGUGAAGCCCCCAGUGUCAAUAGCUGCCGAGCAGCCCCAAGUGUCCAUAGCUAUCGAUCCUUCAGUGUCUAUUGCUAUCGUGCCCCCGGGGUCCAUAGCUGUGGAUCCCCCAGUGUCCACAGCUACCGAGCCCCAAGAGUCCAUAGCUCGGGAGCCCCCAUUGUCCAUAGCUGUCGAGUACUCGGUGUCCAUAGCUGUCGAGCCCCCAGUAUCCACAGCUGCCGAGCCCCCAGUGUCCCCAGCUGUCGAGCCCAGUGUCCACAGCUACCGAGCCCCCAUUGUCCAUAGCUGUCGAACCCCCAGUGUAUAUAGCUGUCGAGCCCCCAAUGUCCACAGCUGUCUAACCUCCAAUGUCCACAGCUGUCGACCCCCAUGUGUCGAGCCCUCAAAGACGUAG